AUGCGUACAUCGACGAUGGACGUACCUGGAUCAUUUGAGGAGCAGGUACGACGUGUAGUAGAAAAGGAAUUGAAACUGCCGAUGCACGCACCGAGUCACAUUCCAAGCUCUUCGUUUCUAUCGCCAGCACCGGCAACAUCUCGUAGGUAUGCAUCGUCGGCCACGAGGCAUCGGCGGCGCAAUCCAUAUGCGUUGGAAGACUCAGAUGAGAGCGGCUCCGAUGAAGAUAUUGCUGCUCGCAUGUACUCGCCUGGCAACCAUAGUGUGUUCCUGGCAACACCCAAUCGGCGCUCUUGGUCGUCAUCAGCACGUCGACCUUUCGCCAGCCAUGUCCGCCCACAUGAGCGUCCAUCGUUGAGUGAGCAAGUUCAAUCGCGUCUGAACAUAUCGCGCCUUGCGGGCACGGGCAACGAAGAUGAAGAUAUCGAUUCAACCGUCUUGCCUUCGGACCGGACUUCACGAGUGCCACGGCAGGACCGGCCAUCGUCGCCUGACUCACCGUACUCCUCAUAUGCGUCGCAGGCACCACAGGCACCACAGGCAUUGCACAGAUCAUCGUAUCCUGGCUUGUACACUCGGCGUCCUAGUCCUCUGCAGCACAGGUCUCCGACGAUGGCCAGCCGUCAUUCAAGCUCAGAUACGGCUGUGAACAGCGAUGCAAAUGAGAAGGAGUCGAUGAAGUCGCAUGCAUCUCGCAUGUAUGCUAAUCUUCCUUCGACACUUCCAUCGGAUAUCCAACGUGCCGAUCAACAGCUCCAUGUGCUCACACAGUGUAUUCAAUCGAUGGAUCAAGAAAUGCAGCACCUGCGUGAGGAGCAAGGCACCUCUGAGGCUCUUGAGCGGAUUCGCCAGCGCCUCGAUGCUCUGGAAUCACGGGUCACUAAGCAUAGUGCGAUGUUGGAAGAACAACGACGCAUGAUUCUUGAUCAGCGCCAGACACGCAUGAACAGAGAAGGUACAUCAGCAGGAGAAGCAACUGGAGCUCCCGUUGCAGCUUCGCCUUUGCCUAGGACCAAAUCAGCCACGCCUACACGGCCUGUCUUUGAUGCAAAUAGAAAUGCGUCAUCGCCCACACGUGAGGCAGCAGACACCGGUCGAACGGCCCACCCGAUGCCAUCCUACACUCCUGCACCGACAUCUGCUUCCACGGCCAUUCCCACCUCACCGACCGUUCCCGCUGCUACCUUUUCUACAUCAACAGCGCCAGCAGCGUCACGCACUGAAUCCAUGAGGACCGUCGAAACUGUCGUAAAGCGGAUGUACGAUGAACUGCAGCGGCUGGCACGCGCCAUUGAUGGAAUGUAUUGUCAGCCACAGCCUGAGCCGCCGUUAACACCGCCACAUGAUGUUGACUCGCCAAAACAAGCGUCAUCCCUCACUACGGAUGAGCCAUCUGACUCAGCAUGUAGCGCACAGGAGCGUUACGAAAAAAUUUGCCAAACCGUGGCUGAUGCAUUGGGCAUUUCAUCGCCUCCAGGUAAGACCUCAUCAUCAUCGUCAUCACGCAAAGAGCGCAUUCGCGCGAAUCUUCGGCAGCGCGAAGCUGAUGAUGCGGCAACAGAGUCGCUCUUGAGCCGCUUGCAUCAUACAAAGUCGCCGCUUCUCUCCAUGUCCGAAGUUCGGAUGCUCGAACACCUAUUUGAGCAGCAUCGUCGUGAGUUUUUACAUCAGAAGCAGCUAUAUUGUGAACUGGCCGAUGAGCUCAAAUGCAUGGAGCCAUCUAUGGAUGCAACGAAACGCCGCAUCCUUGCUGAGCAUGUUCAUGAGUCGAUCGAAUCCCUGGAGGCGGAGGCCACGCGCAUCAAUGGACUUCAUGCACAUCUCGUUCGUCAUGGUCGUGCUACGUUAGUUUAG